AUGACCGGAGCAGGGGGAGCGUCACCAGGGGACAGACAAUCUGACUCUGUCUUCGUGGGGGGUCGUAGGCACUGUCUGUCACAGGACUCAGUGGCCUUUGAAGAUGUGGCUGUGAGCUUCAGUCUGGAGGAGUGGGCUUUACUGGAUCCUUCACAGAAGAAGCUCUACAGAGAUGUGAUGCAGGAAACCUUCUGGAACCUGACCUCCAUAGGGGGAAAAUGGGAAGAUCAUGACAUUGAAGAUCAGUACAAACACCAGGGGGGGAAACAAAGAAGUGAUAUGGUAGAGAGAAUCUGUGAAGGGAAAGAGGGUAGUCAACAGGUAGAAAACUUCAGCCUUUUUCCAAAUUUCAGUCUGAAGAAAAAAACUGUUCUUGGAGUAAAACCCUGGGAAUACAGUGUGUGUGGGGAAGUGUUCAUGCAUCAGUCAUCCCAUAAUAAGCACAUCAGAGAUCACACUGGAUACAAGCCCUCUCACUAUCAGAAUUGUGGAGAGAAGCCAUAUAAAUGCAAAGUAUGUGGGAGAGCCUUCAGUUACCCUAAGUGUUGUGAAAAACAUGAAAGAACCCACACUGGAGAGAAACCUUAUUAGUGUAAACAAUGUGUUAAAGCCUACAUGUAUUACAGUGCCUUUCAAAAACACCAAAGAACUCACACAGACAAGAAACCCUAUGAAUGUAAGCAAUGUGGUAAAGCUUUCAGUUCUCAUGUAGGUUUUCAAAUACAUGAAAGCAGCCACACUGGUGAGAAACCCUAUGAAUGUAAAAUGUGUAGUAAAGCAUUCAGUUGUCUCAGUUACCUUCGAAGUCAUGAAAAGAUUCAUACUGUAGAGAAACCUUAUGAAUGUAAGGAAUGUGGAAAAGCCUUCAGAUAUUAUCAUAAUUACCAAACACAUGAAAGAAAAUUUACUGGAGAGAAGCUCUAUGAAUGUAAGGAAUGUGGAAAAGCCUUCAGAUGUUAUCAAAGUUUUCAAAAACAUGAAAGAAUUCACACUGGAGAGAAACCCUAUAAAUGUAAACAAUGUGAUCAAGCCUACAGAGGUCACAGUGCCUUACGUGCACAUGAAAGGACUCACACAGGCGAGAAACCCUACAAAUGUAAGGAAUGUGGAAAAGUUUUUAUUUCUCAUCUAAGCUUCCAAAUACAUGAAGGAACUCACACUGGAGAGAAACCUUAUGAAUGCAAAAUAUGUAGUAAAGACUUCAGUUGUGUCAGUUAUCUUCGACGUCAUGAAAAAAUUCACUAUGGACAGAAGCACUAUGAAUGUAAGGAGUGUGGGCUAGCCUACAGAUAUUAUACUACCUUGCAAAGACAUGAAAGAAUUCACACUAGAGAGAAACCCUAUGACUGUAAGAAAUGUGGGCUAGCUUACAGAUAUUCCAGUACCUUACAAAGUCAUGAAAGGAUUCAUACUGGAGAGAAACCUUAUGAAUGCAAGGAAUGUAGGAAAGCCUUCAGAUGGUAUCAAAGUUUUGAAACACAUGAAAGAAAUCACACUGGAGAGAAACCAUAUGAAUGUAAAACAUGUAGCAAAUGAUUCAGUUGUCUCCGUUAUCUUAGAAAGCAUGAAAGAACCCACACUGCAAAGAAAUGCUAUGAAUGUAAACACUGUAAUAAAACAUUUAGGUAUCCCAGUGAUCUUCAAAAUCAUGAGAGAAAUCACACUGGAGAGAAACUCUUUGAAUGCAAACAAUGUGGGAAAGCUUACAGAGAUCACAGUUCCUUACAAGCACACACAAGAACCCACACUGGAGAGAAACCCUAUGAAUGCAAACAAUGUGGGAAAGCCUUCACUUAUUACACAACCUUUCGAAGACACAUGACCAUACACACUAAAGAAAAAGUCCUGCGCAAGACUCGGGGAGACCCAGGAAACCUAGAAAUGGUGAGUGUGCAGGCGGGGGUCCGGAGACACGAGGAAGUGCCCCUUGGAAUUGGCGGUUUCGGAGCGGCUUUCCCGCUACACCUUGGGAAUCUGCUGGUUGCAGUCGGUUGGGCGCGACGCUGGGACCUCGUUCCUCUCAGGCUUGGAGCGUCAGGCCUGGGGCAGCCGCCUGUACGUAUCCUUGGUGUCCUGUCUCGUCACUAUCUGCGGCGACUUCGGCUCCUGAGAAUAUCUGGGCAGCUGUGCACCUGCAGCACCGUUUGUCCCCAGAUGGACUCCCUGGCUUUUGAGGAUGUGUCUGUGAACUUCAGUCUGGAGGAGUGGGCUUUACUGGAUCCUUCACAGAAGAAGCUCUAUAGAGAUGUAAUGACAGAAACCUUCAGGAACCUGGCCUCCAUAGGAAAAAGAUGGGAAGAACAUGACAUUAAAAAUCAGUACAAAAAGCAGAGGAGAAAAUUAAGAAGUCCAAGGGUAGUGAGAAUCUGUGAAAGUAAACAGGUUAAUCCAUGUGGAGAAAAGUUCAGCCUUAUUUCAAAUCACAGUCUGAAGGAAAAAACCACCAGAGUGAAACAGCAUGACUGCAGAACAUGCGGAAAAGUUUUUGUGUCCCGUUCAUCCCUUAGUAGGCACAACAGAUGUCACACUGGAUACAAAGCAUAUGAAUUUCAAAAAAAUGGAGAGAAGCCUUAUAAAUGUAAAGAAUGUGAUAAAGUCUUUAGUCACCUAUUGUGGUUGGAAAAACAUGAAGGAACCCACAAUGAAGAGAAUCCCUAUGAAUGUCCAAUAUGUGGUAAAGCCUUCAGGUCUUCCAGAAAUGUUAAAGUACAUGAAAGAACUCACACUGGAGAGAAACCCUAUGAAUGUAAAAUAUGUAGUACAGCAUUUAGGUAUCUUAGUGAUCUUCGAAGACAUGAAAGAACUCACACUGGAGAGAAACUCUAUAAAUGUAAAAUAUGUGGUAAAAAUCACAGAGACCACUGGACUUUUAAAAUACAUGAGAGAGUUCAUACUGGAGAGAAACCCUAUGAAUGUAAGAAAUGUGGUAAAGCCUACAUAUCUUUCAGGUCUUUAAAAAGACACAAAUCAACUCAUACUGUGGAGAAACCCUAUGAAUGUAAACUAUGUAAUACACCAUUUAGGUAUGUCAGUGAUCUUCAAAGACAUGAAAGAACUCACACUGGAGAGAAACCCUAUGAAUGUAAAAUAUGUAGUACAGCAUUUAGGUAUAUCAGUGAUCUUCGAAAGCAUGAAAGAACUCACACAUGAGAGGAACUCUAUACAUGUAAAAUAUGUGGUAAAGCCCACAGAGACACAAAAAUACAGACACAAAAAACUCACACUAUGUAG